UAUUGUUAAUUAGUUUGAAAAACAGUUUCCCGCCAACCAAAAAUUAACCAGAAUUAGAGUUAACAACCAAGAAAUGAAUGGAUCCAACUGGAGAACCCUUCCAUUUCCCAAUUCCCAUUCCGAAAAGGAAAAGGAUUUUCUCAACAAUCUCUUCCAACCUCACCACCUCCGUCCAUGGCGCCUUCAGUCAACGUCACAGUAGAUUCGCCAUUGCCACCACUCUCCAAACCUCCAGGAAGCCGCGGGACCCACUUCUCACCGCCAUCAUCAUCAUCGCGCCGCCACGUUCUCUUCUCCGAUCAAACCUCGAACGGUACCGAUCUCUAUUCCACAACAGCAACAAACAAACGCACCAGCAGAAAAUGCCGCUCCUGUUGGCUUGGUUGCUUAGCCUGGUCAGCUAUGGUGACCUUCGCCUUCGUACUCGUUCUCCUCCUGUUCACAAUCAUAGCCGCCUCAUUUCUCAACUCCUUGAUUCCAGAGAUCUCGCUUCACAGCAUCAAAUUCGAAAAUAUGAGAGCUAUUCACCCGAGUUCUCCCAGGCGAAAACCCUCAAUCGCAGCGGAUAUGGUGUACGUGAUGAGAUUCACUAAUAAUAAUGAGAAAACGACAGUGAGUUUCAGUUCGUUGACGGUGGUGGCUCUGUGGAAGGGGAGCAAAUUGGGGGAAGCUGUGAUCGGUGCUUUUACUGAGAAACCUAAAUCGAGGAAGGAAUUGAGUCUGCGAACGAGAGUUGAGAAUGGAGAGAAGGACGAUGCUUAUUCUUUCGAUGCAGGUUUGAUGACUGAUGAGAAUUCUGUGAUUGAUUUGUUGUUUGAAGGAGUUUUUGGUUUCAAAAAUGGUCAGUUUGAAUUGAAAGGGGUUCCUAUGAUCGUUUCUUGUAGUCUCAAACAUUCUGAUGCUAUGGCCCAUAGAUCUUCUCUUUGUUCUGUUCGCUACUGCUUUCAUCGAAAAAUCGUUGACAAUUAAUAAUUAAUUAACUAAUUAAUUAAUCACACCUAAUUAAUUAUUACUAUACUACUAUAUAUAUAACAUAAAUGCACCAUAUAUAUAUAUAUAUUGAUAAGUCCAGUCUCCUCCUUCUUCUUUCUUAAUUUGUUUUCUUUGUUAAUUUCUGUGAUGAUCAUGUCAUGGAAACUAAGAAGAAUUUGUUUGACCUACCUUUCUUUGUUCUAUCUCAAACUUAAUUAAUAUUCGAAAGUAAUUGAUUAUGAAGAUACCAUAUAUCAUCACUUUUUGUUUUUGGUUUU